AAUGUGGUUGACUCUUAAAUGCACUUUGAACAAUAGCAAUUAGAGAUGGGCAAUAAAUGCUGGCCUAACUAGCGACGCCCACAUCCCAUGAAUGAAUAAAAAACACGAUUGAGAAAAAGGGAAAUUGCAUUAAUUGUUAAGGGGAAGAGAUAAACCCUGUUCUUAUAAACUUCCUGAAAAAGCAGCUAGCGACUUGGUGAUCACUGAGUGAGGGAAGCUUUGCUGCUGUGAACAAGACUGUACUUUAGACCUUAACUCCGAGUUUCUGCUUGGAUCCGCAAGCUGUUUUCUCCUCCAGACAGUAACUGAGAAACCACAGAUCGCAACCAGGAGCACAGCCAAAUCUCUUAAAAAGUGAGUUUUACAGUGACAUGAUAUCUCACCGCUCCUAGGGCAAGGAAGCACUCUAGACAAGUUGGCACAGCAUCAGAUACAAGACAAAACCCCAGAGAGUUGGGGCCAGACAGCAGCAAGAGCACAGAAGAGUAACGACACCCCAGAAAGACACGACAGCGCAGGAACAACGAGGCACCAUUUGGGAGUACAAGCUAUUGCUCGGGCUGCAGUGAGAAGGGGCUCUGUACAGGCCUCCGGCAUAAAGUGUCAAGACGCAGAUCUGGACUCAGCGGAAGACACUUCGGCCUUAUCCUCACCGUCAGGGGAGCAUCCAAAAUGGAGGUGCCCAAGAUGAAGACGACCCCCAACAAUCGGCUGCUUCAUUUAACGGCAAAGAUACGGAUGGCCAACCGGAUGCUGCGAGGCAAGUGCAACCGGAAGGCAGCACCCACUCGCUCAACGAUAGGUUAUUUUGCGGCCGCCAAUUGCCACCCUCCCUUGAAGAGAAAGGGCACCAUCAGGAAGCUUCAUGGCAAGAAGAAGCCCCUGCCACUCCGAAGCAAGUCGUGGUGGUCGACUGACACGGAGACGAAAGCCAAAUACCUCCUGUUUCUGCUGUGCUUGAUUGUGGGUUUCCAAGUCUACAAUGCCUAUGAGAAUCUGGACGACAACCUCCUGAUCUACGACAUUGACCAGCUCGAGAAGACUCUGCACCGGGAGCUUCUAGGUCAGACUCUGGCACUGAAUAAGCUUACCAAGCUGCUGAGGAACUACUUUGCCACAUUUGUUCACGAGAAGCCCUUGUUCUUGUCCAUCAAUGGCCCGGCUGGAGUUGGCAAGAGCCAUUUGGGGAGACUGAUUGCCAAGCACUUCAAGUUCCAACUCGGGCCUCAGCUUGUCCUCCAGCACUCCGUGCGGUACCAGCAGCUGGUGGGCCAUUCUGAUCAUCGCUCUGAGCUGGCCGCCAGGAUCUCGGCCAUCUUUUCCGAAGCCCUUCGGACCCAGCGGAUCCCAGUCCUCCUCUUCGACGAGAUGGAGCUGGCGCCGGCAGAGCUCCUGAGCUACGUCAGAGACCUCCUGCACUCAGAGCACACCAGCGCCGUCUACAUCUUCGUCAGCAAGCUCGGCCAGGAGUGGAUCAUGCAGUCGCUCCGUCACAGCCUAGUACACAAGGCCACGCGCCGCGUGGCGAAGCUCAGCAGGGAGCUGGCGCAGCUGUUUGCCUGGCGGCACCCCGUGUGGCAGGUGCCGGAAAUCAUCCCGCUCUGCCCGCUGGAGAGGGCCCAUGUGGUGCAGUGCUUCCACCAGCUGAUGGACCAGGAGGGCCUCUUCCCCCGUGAGCGGCAGGUGGAGACGAUGGCCAACAGAAUGAACUACUACAGAGCCAAGCAAAAACUGUACGCUCAGCAGGGCUGCAAACGGGUCCUCUCCAUGGUGAAGCAGCUUACAGAGCAAAAGCGACUGGAGGACUUAAAAAAUGAAAAGGUCCUUCAACGCCACAAGCAUCAUGGAGUUUAUUCAGAGGAGAUACUCUCCAUAUUCAACCACCCCUUAAUGCAUUACUGAAUUCUGGCUGGCAACAAAGUGCAGUUCGAGGACAAACCACCUAAGGGCUGACAUCAUAUUGUCUUUUGCAAUCUUCCUCAUCCCUUCAUUUCUUCCUCCAUUUGGACAUUGCGAGACAUUCUAUGGUUCAGAUGACCACUGCCUUGGAAGUUCCAGCCCAAAACACAUGCACAUACACUCCAGAAUUAUUAUCAAAUAGAAAACUAUUGGGCAACUCUAUGAUUUUGCAAAUUGCUACAAGGGCGUUGUCUAAAUCUCUGCCCCACCCGAUCCCAGAGUGGGGAAAGGACAGUGUCUGACCCAGUGUCCCACCCAGCCCCAGGGGGGGAAAGGACAGUGUCUGACCCACUGCCUCACCCAGUCCCAGAGGGGGAAAGGACAGUGUCUGACCCACUGUCUCACCCAGUUCCAGAGGGGGAAAGGACAGUGUCUGACCCACUGUCCCACCCAGUCCCAGUGGAGCAAAGGACAGUGUCUGACCCACUGUCUCAUCCAGUCCCAGUGGGGGAAAGGACAUCCUGAUCCACUGCAUUAAUAAUAAUAUCUUAAUAAAAUGGAUGUUUCCAAAUUCUC